AGCGGUCAUCAUGAUUAAAGAUGGAUCUGCCAGAUCUGUACGACACAGCACAGCCCAAACCCGGCUAGGCAUCAAUAUAAGAUUUCAUCUCUAGGUGGUAAAAGGGGAUGCCCCCGGGUCGGGUCCAAUCAACCCAUUUAGUCCAGACUUUUAAACACGCUGUAAACGCGGAGUAGCAUGGUAGUGAACCGGCAAGUCGUCAAGCCUCAAGUGGGAGAGAAUUAAACUUGAAACCUACCUCAUAGGUACCUACAUACGUGCCUGCGCUCAGGCUCACCGCUGCUCAUCUAACAAGCGUCACGGUUGCGCAGGGCGAUAAUUCAUCUAUUCUUCCCCCCCCCCUUCUUUCAACCAUGCGGUGUCCGCGGCUCAUCCUCGCGCUAACAUGCUCCGCGGCGGCGACGGCAUCCUUAGCUUCCGCGGACCCGAGCGGCGGCGGUGCUGCGACCCUCGGACAGCUCGCGCUGCAGAAAGUCCUGCGGGACAGUCGAGACGUGUUCGGCGCGGAAGACGACGAUAACGAAAAGUCGUCGGCGCCGCACCCGUACGCGGACUGGAUGGCCCGCGUCCCGGACGACACGCCCCUCGCGCGUCUGAGCAUCCCCGGCGCCCACGACGCCGCGACGUGGAAUUACACGCAGGCGACGCAGGAUGCGCUGGCGUGCUUGACUUACUCCUGCCACUCUAACCCCUCCUCCUCCUCCUCCUCCUCCUCCUGCUCCUCCUGCUCCCCUUCCUGCUGCAACGGCAACGGGUCUUCCGACCUCCUCCUCCUCCCCAUUCCUCCCGCGCAGGUCUUCCGCACGCAGCGGCGCAGCAUCGCGGCCGCGCUGGACGCCGGGGUGCGGUUCUUCGACCUGCGGUUCGCGGGGGACGGGCUGGGGCAGCAGGGCCGGGGGCUCGCGUUCUGGCACGGGGCGGCGUUGCUGUCGGCGCGGGCGGACGUCGAGGGCGUGAUGCUCGCGGUUUACGCGUGGUUGGAGCGGCGGCCGAGCGAGAGCGUGUUGUUGAGCUUUCAGUAUGAGGGAGGGGGUGGUGGUGGGGCAGGGUUUGACGAGGGGGUGCAGGGGAUGUUAAAGCGGGUGUUGGGGUCGGAGGGCGCGAGCAGGUACGUGAGACGCGGGAGGGGGAGGUUGGGGAGUAUGGGGGAGAGUAGGGGGAAGAUAGUGCUGCUGAAAAGGUUUGAUAUGGAUGGUGAUGAGGAUGACGAUGAGGAUGGCGAGAAGGCGGGAGGACUGCCGGGACUGCAUCUAAGUCCCGCGAAGUGGCCGGAUAACAACCCCUCCGGGUUCGAACUGGUGUACAACGCGACGAGCGGCGAGAGGGCGUGUAUAGAGGAUUAUUACGGGCCUGCUACUGCUGGGGCGAAUUCGUCUGUUGCGGAGAUCGUGCGGGCGAAAAUGGCGGCGGUGAAAGCGCAUCUGGAGAAAGCAGCAGCUGCUACUACUGCUACUAGUACUACGGAGGAGGAAGAUAGCUUGUUCAUCACGUUUGCGUCGGGCAAGCGUAAUGCUAACGUCCCGCCUGUGUUCCCCGAGACGAUGGCGCUGGGAAACGGGACGGAUGUCACGCCGGACGGGGGCGUGAAUCACCAGUUAGCCGCGCUGCUGCGGGAGAUGCGCGGGAGGAGGCUGGGCAUCGUGGUUGUGGAUUUCUUUGACGAGCCUGGUGAUUUGGUCGAGCUUAUACUAGGUUCUUAGAUUCUUUGACGGACUUGAUGAGCUAGUUGGCUAGUGCUAAUAGCAUAUACAUCUACAGUCAACUUGAUGGCCGUUUGACUUGGAGCUUUGCAAUGAAGGCUAGGUAGCUAUAUGAUAUGGUAAAUACAAGGUAGUUACAAAAACUAUCCACAAAAUUACAGGAGGCUUCUAUGAAAUCUACCCGAUCUUCAAGUAGUGGGAAUAGAAAUAAUUGACUUCUCUG